UUUUUUUUUUUUCCUUUAUAAUAUAUAAUGAAUGUAUUUACUAGAUUUAGAUCUGCUUCUACAGCAAAUAGUACAAAAUCCGCAGAACCUUCAAUUGAUUAUGGACCAAUUACGCAUAGCGCGAUCCUUACGGCGCCUAAAGAAUAUGACCCAAUUUUGAACCCUCCCCUUGACGAUGAGAAAAAGAAGAAAAUAAAGGAUUUAAUGACUUAUAUGGAAUCUAUUAUGAUUGAUAAAGAGGACCCUUAUUAUCCAAGUGAAAAAGGUUUUUUGACAGAAGCUACCGUACAUAGAUAUAUGAGAGCUAGAAAAUGGAAUUAUGAAACAGCUAAAACUAUGUUGGAAAAUACAGUCAAAUGGAGAAGAGAAUACAAACCAGAUAAAGUAGAUGCAGAUUCUGUUCGUAUUGAGGCUGAAACAGGUAAAAUGUAUUAUAGUGGCUUUGACAGAAUGGGACGUCCUCUUUGGAUCAUGAAGCCUCGUUAUGAAAACUCAAAGGAUUCAGAUAGACAAGUGAAACAUAUUGUAUUUUGUUUAGAAAGAGGUAUUCGUUUAAUGCCUCCUCAAGUAGAAAAAAUUUCAAUUGUAGUAGAUUUUAAAGAUUCUACAGCUGCCAAUAAUGCAAGUGUUAGUACAUGUAAAAAAUUCUUGGAUAUUUUAGGAAAUCAUUAUCCUGAAAGACUUGGUAUUGCAUUUUUAGUCAAUGCUCCAUGGUUCUUCUUUACUACAUUUAAAUUAAUUGCCCCCUUUAUGGAUCCUGUCACUAGAAAUAAGAUCAAGUUUAUUAAUCCAGAUGACACUAAACAGAAUACAAAUACUGAUCAAAUUAAUAUGAAGGAUUAUAUAUCUUUGGAUCAAAUGGAAGUUAGUUUAGGCGGUCAUUAUAACUUUGAAUUUGAUAUUGAUGUUUACUGGAAUGACCUCUUAGAUAAGACUGGAAAACCUUUUAAAGUGAUAGAAUAUCAAUAAAAUGUAUAUUAUGCAAUGAUAUGCAUAGUAAUAAAAUAUCCCCUAA